AUGGUAAAAACCUAUUUAUCCCCACCCUCUACCUUACUUAUAUUUCGAGGUCUAAAUCCUUCAAAAUUCACAUUUACAAUGACACCUUCAUUGUUUUUGUCAGAAAUUUCUGAUUGGCCUGCAAAGGCAACAGGCUACUACGUAUCUUUGCCUUUUUCUCCAGAGGUAGGAGACACACUUACAGUAGAAGAGUAAUUGUUAUUUAGAAUAAAUUUUGAGCAUGGAGUAGUGGUAACUGUAUUUCCAGAUAUAAGUGGCAUGGUGCUUGUUACUACAAGGGAAUAUGAACAGACGUUAUUUGUACUUUUUGGGACUUUAUUAGGGUCAAUUUUUGGGCUAUUGCAAACUGGCGGACUUGUGAUGUCAAAGUUUGAGGAUGGCUAUAAUUAUGUCGUGAACAAAAUUAAAGAAAAACUAAAUUUUGAGAUGUUUGGGCGAAAUAUGGAGAGGCUAACUCCCCCCUCCGUGAGUGAGCAAAACCAUUAGAAAAAUCGCUAUUUUUUGCCAAAAAACCCACCCUCCGUGAGUGAAUAAAAUUUUUUUAAUAGAAAAAUUUUUUAUGAAAAAAGUUUUGAUAUAUAGUGAUAAUUAUUAUAAUGAAAUCUAGAGCUAAUUCUGUUUAAUUUUAAACAAAUUGCUUUUUUAAAACAUAAAUUUUAUAAUUAAAUUAAUAUUUGCUUUCCAAUUUUUACGAAUUAGGACUUUUUUAAAUUUCGAAAAAAAAAUUCUAUAUAAAUUUUUUAAAAAAAAAAAAAAAUUAACCCCCUCUGUGAAUGAACAAAAAUUUUUUUUUUUUCACUCACGGGGGGGGGAGUAAGAACAAUAUUUGGAAAUUCAACUCUUGUAGGGGAAUUUACAACAGCAGAGCUGACAGUUGGAGAUGUGACUAUGGAUCUUAAAGAUAGAGAAAUUAAAAUAACACAGAGUGUUAUUUUAUAA